ACGGGGAAGGGGGGAUCCAGAGUCCCUCUCACAGCCUGUUUUCUCCACAAAACUUGGACGCUACACAGGAUACAAAAAAUACCAUCUAAUCGGAGCAAGCCUAAGAAGCAAGAAGGCUCUUUCAAGGUUUGGGGAAUAGAUGGAUGAGAACUGAAACUUGGAAGGCUGUUUGUUUCCCCCCUCCCCUCUUAUUCUGCUGGAUUGGCUGAACAGGCUAGAAAAUGGUAAAUGAUCAUUUGGAUCAAUUACAGGCUUUUAGCUGUGUUGUCUGUCAUAAUUCAUGAUUCUGGUCUGGGAAAAAGACCAACAGCCUACGUGCCAAAAAGGGGGCAGAGUUUGAUGAAGUUGGAGGUACUUUUAUAUACCAUUUUCCUCCACACCUAGCGGAAGGCACUUUUCCAGACACACUGUAGAGGGGGAAUCAUGUUUGACUGUAUGGAUGUUCUAGCAGUGAGCCCUGGUCAAAUGCUGGAUUUCUACACUGCAAGUCCGUCUUCCUGCAUGCUCCAAGAGAAGGCUCUGAAAGCAUGCUUCAGUGGAUUGGCACAAACAGAGUGGCAACACCGGCACAGUGCUCAAUCGAUUGAAACUCAGAGCACGAGUUCUGAGGAACUUGUUCCCAGCCCGCCUUCUCCGCUUCCUCCUCCUCGUGUUUACAAGCCCUGUUUUGUAUGUCAGGACAAAUCUUCUGGAUAUCACUAUGGUGUCAGCGCUUGCGAGGGAUGUAAGGGUUUUUUCCGCAGAAGCAUUCAGAAGAACAUGGUUUAUACAUGUCACCGAGAUAAGAACUGUGUUAUUAAUAAAGUCACUAGAAAUCGUUGCCAGUACUGCAGACUGCAGAAGUGCUUUGAAGUGGGAAUGUCCAAAGAAUCUGUCAGAAACGACAGAAACAAAAAGAAGAAGGAGCCUUUAAAGCAGGAGUGUAUGGAGAAUUAUGAAAUGACGGCAGAGUUGGAUGAUCUCACAGAGAAAAUCCGAAAAUCUCACCAGGAAACAUUCCCUUCGCUCUGCCAGCUGGGCAAAUACACAACGAACUCAAGUGCAGACCAUAGAGUUCGACUGGAUCUUGGGCUUUGGGACAAAUUCAGUGAGCUUGCUACAAAGUGCAUUAUUAAAAUAGUGGAAUUUGCAAAACGGUUGCCUGGUUUUACAAGUUUGACCAUUGCAGACCAGAUUACACUUCUUAAAGCUGCGUGCUUGGACAUCUUGAUCCUUAGAAUUUGCACAAGAUACACGCCCGAACAAGACACAAUGACGUUUUCUGACGGCCUUACACUGAACCGAACUCAGAUGCAUAAUGCUGGAUUUGGUCCCCUGACUGAUCUUGUGUUCACGUUUGCCAACCAGCUCCUGCCCCUGGAAAUGGAUGACACGGAAACUGGCCUGCUUAGUGCCAUCUGCUUAAUCUGUGGAGACCGCCAGGACCUCGAAGAACCAGCAAAAGUAGAUGAACUACAGGAGCCAUUGCUGGAAGCUCUCAAAAUUUACAUCAGAAAAAGAAGACCCACCAAGCCUCAUAUGUUUCCAAAGAUCUUAAUGAAAAUCACAGAUCUACGUAGUAUCAGUGCGAAAGGUGCUGAACGUGUUAUUACACUGAAAAUGGAAAUCCCUGGAUCUAUGCCACCUCUUAUCCAAGAAAUGUUGGAGAACUCAGAAGGACAUGAACCACUGACACCAAGCUCAACUGGGACUACAGCAGAGCACAGUCCUAGCAUCUCCCCAAGCUCAGUGGAUAACAGCAGUGUCAGUCAAUCCCCUCUGGUGCAAUAAGACAUUCUCCAGCUACAUUGCUAACAUUUUAUGGGCAGGGAUGACAUGUAAGCAGAGUCUUUACUGCUGCUUAUUUUCUGGACUUAUAUUUACACUUAACUACAACAAGGACCAAGAAAUGUUCAUAUGUAUCCAUCCAUAUUAUAUAAUAUACAUACAACCCCCCAAACAGAUGCCUUGCAGCUUAACUAGAAACCAUAAAUGUUUGAAAUACUAAAUUACCUAGUUCAUGAAACAGGAAACUAGUCAAGCUUCAGUUGUUUUUUCUGAAAGUCCAAGAUUGCAAGGUAACAAGACAUAUCUCAAACAAGAGGUUAAAAUUAUGGUUGUACAGUUUGAUGACUUUGUACAUAAAAAUAUAUGGAACUGUCCUUUCUCUACUGGAUGUUCAGUGCUUUUCUUUUUUCUUCCAUACAUAAAAGGACCCAGAUAUCAUGUUUAUGAAAUGGACUGUUUACAUGUCCAAAUAAAAAAGGUCUAAGAGAGACAUUCUAAUUUAGUUAGAAUGAAGAAUUGUCAUUGCUCUUUUUUAUGGCCUGUUUGUAUUUCUUUCCCAGUAAAAGGAUAUAAAGAAAUUCACUGCACUACCAGAAGGAACUUCUGUAUACACAUAACUGCCAGAUCAGUUAUUUGGAUGUAAUCUGUUUUACUGUUAAUGUCACUUUAAAAUUUACAAGGGGAUUUAUUACUUGGUUGACAUCUCUACAUUUAAAAAUAAAUACUAAAUUUUUACUUCAGUUAUAGCCUUCAAGGCAGAAACACUUUUCAGUGUUAUGUUUUUUGUUUACUUGUUCACAAACCGUUAGGGGAAAUUUCAUGAGAUAAUAAUGAACAGGCAUACUCACUACCUCUGAAUUGGUGGAACACUAGUGAAAAACAACCGUGGAAAGACUGCCCCCCAGCCCCACAAUCCUCCUCUCUGGCAACAACGGGCUGUCGCUAGAAUACCCAAAAGCAGAGAGAAUCUGCCUCUAUGACUUUGUUAAUCACCAUAAAACAGAGUGGAAAAUGUGGUAGAAUGGUUACAAUUUUUAAGUGUCAGU